GGACUUUCACUAGAGCUUGCUGCGAGAAAUUUAAGCACAACUUGAGCUUUACAUGACUCUUCAGACCACCAAGACUCAAAUUCACUCACGACGCGCAAGAGAAAGCCAUCCAAAAGGUUCUUCCCUCUCGAGAGCAACAUACCUUUGAUUCACAACUAGAAGAUCGUCUCACAGGACUAUCGAUCGACUUCAUCAAAAAUCACGACACUCUCAUCCUUUCAACCGAUCACAUCUACUCGAUCACAUCAUGGGUAAUCGCAACAGCAAACCACAAACCCCACACGAGGCAGCGGCACUUUAUCAAGCACAAGAAGGCCGAUCGAAAUCUCCUGCGAAGGACCAACCGCCUUACGAAACCAUAGAAGAGCCAUGGAAGGUUUUCUGGUCGCGCGGGUUUGGCGUGCCGGGAGUGGUUUACCACCGCGAGAUCUAUCAACCAGACGGAUCCAAAUGGUGUCGAUAUGGUGUCGCCCAAGACGAAAGGCCGCCACGACCGAACAUGAGCUUCACUUGCACCGUCCAGCUUCGCAACAAGUGGAGCAGCACGAUGUUACUCCACAUGAAGUGUGUGAACAUAGGUCAGAAGUUGCUUCUUCACCGACGCAACUAUGGGUGUUCGUGUGAUCUUGAGUACAUCAAGACAGGACGCAGCUCGCAGAAGAACACGAAAAAUUGUGCGAGGUGAGAAGUUACUGGAUAAACUGGUGCAUGGAGUCGCAUGACAAGAAAUGUGCUUGCGAAGCAUUCAGAUUUGGGGUGGAUGAUGGGUCUGCUGAAAAAUUACAUCGCCCUAGGUUUGCUGCAUGGCUCGACCCAUGAUACAGCGGCACUCAAA